CACUUUUGCGUCAUCCCCAACUUCCUCUUUUUCUGUGGUUAGCCCGGCAUGAUGCUGUGACGCUACUCACCAACCUCACUUCAAACUUCUGCUGUACAUAUAAGUUAAGCGGAUUCAUCAAACAGAAACAGCAGCAGUUGCAGAAGUCUCAGAGCGCAGCCCAACACAGUCACACAUGAAGCAUUGAUGCCAUGCCGAGUCUAGUCACGUCACCGCCAAGGGAGCUGCAGCAACUCAACAUGGACAACGAUAACAAGAAGAGGGGAGGAACCCUGAAGUCUCGACUGCAGUGUAGAUCGUCUCAAACCACCAAAACUGAGGGGCUUUGUUUCGAGGAAAUGUCCCAGUGGUCGCACUCACUAGAGAGACUUCUAUCAUCAAAAUAUGGUAUGAAGAUAUUCCAGGCCUUCUUGAAGUCAGAGUUCAGUGAUGAAAACAUUGAGUUUUGGCUGGUGUGUGAGGACUAUAAGAAAAUCAAGUCUUCCUUCAGGAUGUCCUCCAGGGCCAAAAAGAUCUUCAAACGCUACAUUCAAGCUGAGGCUCCGAGAGAGAUCAAUAUUGAUCACAAGACCAGAGACCUGAUCAGGCGCAACAUGAAGACGCCCACCACAGUUUGCUUCGACGAUGCCCAGAGGAUUGUCUACGGGCUAAUGGAGAGGGACUCUUAUCCACGUUUCCUCCGGUCUGACAUCUAUCAGGCUCUGCUGGAGUCCACAUCUGAAUCGGUCAAGAUGUAAAGAAAACAGAUACCAGAGACAUUGUGUUUGUAGAAGCUGAAGCUGAGCCCAAUGCUGGACUACCUGAGGGAAACUGUGAUGUGUUUGGUUGACCCGGGAACACUGGUGGUGGUUCUUUAACACUGAAAGCACCAAAAACAUGUUAUUUUCGACACAUUUAUGCCUUCCUUCUGAGUUGCAAAAAACAUGCUUUGGUGUUGGCCAGGGUCGCAUAUGACUAUAUUACACGGGAGAAGUUAGCUCUGUCUUUAAAAAGAGUAAAGGAUGGGUAGAGGCUAUAAAUGGCUACAUUAACAGAUUCUGCGAUAGCCGCUGUGAAGCAAAGGACUUCCCAGAGAUGCCACGAUCAUGUAGUCAAAAUGCAAGGGACUUUCUGUGCAAGGCGCCAGGAAGUCUAUGUGGUGCAAACAACACCCUCCACCCAAGAUGCAAGUGCAUGAGCUGCAGGCUGUCUACAUUUGCACACCAUCUUGAGUUUAUUGUUAACUCACUAAAGCAAUAGCUAAGUAGAUGUUAAAUAGAUGUGGAUUUUUACGCACAGCAUUCUGCAUUUGACAUUUUUACAUUCUGACAUCAUUGCUGUCAAACUGUUGUGACAUUAUCUUUUUUUUUAUAAGCUAUGUUUUGUUGUAUUCCACAGUUUGUGAGAAUGUUUUAUAAAUGUGAAUAUUAAUGUGGAUUUGUACAUAUUUAAUUAAAAAAAAUACAUAUUUGCUU